CCCCAGUCGGAGUUCUCCAGUGCCGCCAUCCUCCACCAGGGGAGGAGAGACCAGGUAGCAGAGUCAUGUCGGGCCCAGAGUGCAUCCAGCCGCAAGCGCCGGGUCCUGACCCCUGGUGACCUCAAACACCUGGUGGUGGAUGAGGAGCAUGAGCUCAUCUACUGCUAUGUCCCCAAGGUGGCCUGUACCAACUGGAAACGCGUCAUGAUGGUCCUCACGGGACGCGGCAAGUACAGUGACCCUAUGGAGAUCCCUUCCAACGAGGCCCACGUUCCGUCCAACCUGAAAUAUCUGAACCAGUACAGCAUCGCUGAGAUCAACCACCGCCUCAAGAGCUACCUCAAGUUCCUGUUCGUCCGGGAGCCCUUCGAGAGGCUCGUCUCCGCUUACCGCAACAAGUUCACCCUCAAGUACAACUCCUCCUUCCACCGCCGCUUCGGCACCAAGAUCGUCCGCCGCUACCGCAAGGACGCCACGCAGGAGGCGCUGCUCAACGGCGCCGACGUCAAGUUCCGGGAGUUCGCCGAGUAUCUUGUCGACCCGGCCACGCAACGCGACGGCCCGCUCAACGAGCACUGGCAGACGGUGUACCAGCUGUGCCACCCCUGUCACAUCCACUAUGACCUGGUGGGCAAGUACGAAACCCUGGAGGAAGACGCCAACUACGUUCUGCGACUGGCGGGGGUGGGCGAGUCGGUGCGCUUCCCGACCUACGCCAAGUCCACCCGCACCACAGACAGCAUGACGGCCCAGUUCUUCAGCAACAUCAGCUCUCAGCAGCACGGCCAGCUCUUCCAGCUGUAUAAACUGGACUUCCUCAUGUUCAACUACUCCACGCCAAGCUAUCUGCGACUGGACUAACGACUAGAGGACCAGGACAUGACUAGCCAGUUGGGACUCUGGGCAUAUCCACUUUUAAUAAGAGAAGAAAAAAAUAACUGAGAGAGAGGAGAAUGGAUAUUUUUGCGAAAGCUUUAUUCAAAAACUGUGGUCACUGUUUCUGGGGGUGAAUAGGAAGGGCUGAGGUGAAUGGGAGGGACAGAGAUUGAGGAAAGGUGCUGGAUCCGAUUUGAUGUGAAAGAAUCUUUGUUAUCCAAUCAGCAUUGUCCUGAAGGUAAUAAAGGAGGAAGUGGAGAUCCUAUACCAUGAGAAUGCAGGGUUCGGGUGGAGCUGAUGUCAGAGGUUUUCUAAGAGGGGAAAAAGAGGAGAGAAGCAGGACUCUUGGAGAGUGGUCAAUGUGUGUUUUGUAUGUAAAUGAGGUGGGACUCUUGACCAAUUAGGCUGCUUUGGAUUUUGCACAGCAAAUGGUGGCCUCGCAUGCACGCGCCCUGGCCCCAAAGCAUCAUGGGAGCUGAGCUUAUUUUAUAACGAACAAUAACGAAACUCCGUCAAAUUGUAAAACACAUCCAUGUCCUUCAGUCUGCUGUAUCCUGGGUGUGUUUGAUAGCACCCACCAAUUAUACAUUUGAUAAGUAAACUGGCUCUUGGCUCCACCUCAAGCCCUCCUCAUUAUAGCUGUCUAUUGACUUUGCUCUAAAGACCUCUAGAACCAUCAGGUGUAAACAGUGGAGCUACAAUUUACAGCCAACUGCUCUAAAGUAGUAGCUAUGCUGUCAAGAUCGCCAUCAUCACAGGUGAAAAGAACUCAUGAGGUUUGCCAGGUGAGGCCUCAGACUCCCACAGCAGGAUCUGAAACGGCAGCCAUUUUAGAAAGACGCUGAGCACCCUCAAGGCUUUAAGCCACAGGAAGUGGUCAGAAGGAGAAAGGAAGUGCUGUUGUGAAUGGGUGCACCGGAUGUGAUUGACAGGUGUUAGGGGCCUCCCACUGACCCAGCGAGGAACUGAAGAAGAGAUGGCCCGUGUGGCUGUGAAAGGGUUUAAGGGACAGGAUCUCAUAACCCCGCCCACGCCACGCCCUUAAACCAGGGAGGGCCAUAACCCCGACCACGGGCCAUAACCCCCCCUCCGCUUCGACGACCAAUCAUGUAUUUUAGUAAAUUAAGUCUUUUUAUUUUAUUUUUUAUGUCUUGGUUUUAUUGUCUUAUGAAAACAUUGCUGCGAGCAGCAAUAAAAAAAUAUUAUUUAAAUUACUUUUACUGUCAGUGGGUGGGAGGGGGGAGACGAAGAUUUUAAUAUUCGUUUUCUUGGCAGAUGAACAUUUGAGUAGAUUUUUAAAGAUAAAAUAGUUUUUAUGAGUUUUGUUUUUCAUGUUUUUUGUCCUGAGUUGCCUCCGGUACACUGUUAAUGAUAACAUUUAAAUGUUCUUCCUUUUUCCGAAGGGCGUACAAUAUAGUGAAGUCCGUGGCUUUGGUUUCUCUGUGCGUGAGAGCUGGGACAUCCCAUGGGAUUUAGAGUUAUUCCCUCUCUCCCCAUUACUGAAUCUGGUGCCAAAGGGUUGGAACACUGCCAAUGACAGAAAGGGACAGUCAACUCAACUCUUAUCAGUACUUUUCAGUACAUCCAAUAAUUUACAAAACAUUGACAAUCCUGUGAUUGAAAACAUAAACUAUUGCAUGAGAAAAGUAUUCCACAUACAUAUCUACAUCGCAGGCUACUGCUCAGAAUCAGAAACAAGAGCAGUGGUAGCCUUGAUAAUGAUCGAUAAUGGAACCGUCUACCUUGGAGUCUGGCGGUGAAAGUCAGGUCUGUGUUCGCCCUCAGGUGAGAGUGCAGUGUCUAAUCAUUACUCUGUGUAGUCUAUGGGAUCACAGAGAGUCAUAUACACAGUGCAGGAGUGGGCGACGGAGGGAGAGAGAAGACAACGUAAUUAGCCAAGCUGGGAGGGAGGGAGUCCUCUUUAUUCUUUACACCCCUUUGUCAUUCUUCUUCCAUUCAGACUUCAAAGAGAGAGGGACGUUUAUUGGGAAAGUAGCAUAUUUUUUAUAUUGCUAGGUCUGAGCAGAAGUAACAGCUGCACAGAAAUGAUUCACUUCUAUAUUCAUCUGACCCUCUGACUGUUUAGACAGGCGGGGUGACUAAUGACAAGCUCACCUCAUUCUGUCAUAGCUUCUAAAAUAUUGGUGUCAGUUGUGUAUGCUUGCAUGUGUUUGUCGUUAUAAUUAGCAACUGGUUUGGAGGAACAAGGCCCUUCACAUCUGGCUCUGAUAAAGAGGAAGGCUGCUGGUUUGGCCUACAUCUCCGACCCCAUCCACUUACAGAAACAAUGGGAGCAUUCUGAGCUCCCCACACACACACACACACACACACACACACACACAUACACACACACACACACACACACACGCUGAUAUUGAUGCCACGCAGCCUCUUACUCAGCAGCUGUACUCUAGUGAGGGUUGGUAAGUGAGGUAUGGAGGGAUGGUUGGGUAUGGACACAUUUAAAACACCACACACUCAGCUUAUCUCUAACUGCCUAUUUAGCCUCCAAAAUGAGACACUUUACCCAAAGGCUUCAAAACUCUGCAAACAAACUGUUAUGGAGUCCUCUCCUAUGCUCUCCUCUUGACUCCAACCUCUCUCCCAAAACAGCCCCAUAUAAAAACAGAAGUGGAUUUUUGGACAGUGUCAGUGAUCCCUACCCUCGCAACAGGAAAAGGGCAGGCUUCUUAUACAAACAGAGCUGUUAAAAUCCCACAGAGGCCCAGCCUAACGAUCCCUGUGGAAAUACUGACCUGAUUCAAACCUUUUUUUAUUCUCCAUUCUUAUUCCAUAUCCUAGCUCACUCUACCUAUAAAUCCACCGAAUCCAAUUCUGACAUGUCCAUUCAGUGUUCUUGUGCUGUAUAAGUAUUUAUUGACGAGUGUACGGGUAUAUUUAUGUUGUUGGAGAACGACGUCUAUUGUUGGACUGAAUUACAUAUUUACUGUGUUGCUAAAUGCAGAAGCACAGGAAGUGCACGCUCCUCUGCACAUACGUAAACAUAUCCACUCUGGGGCCGGGGGUUUCUAGCCAGAGAUAAGCAUGGAUGGGGCAGUUAUCUGUCAGUGUAGUGUUUUUUGUGUGAAUAGUUUAUCUUUCUGUCUGAGAUAUUCUUAUUCAGUCAGUAUCUGUGCAACAGUAAAAACAUCCCCAUAAUGCCCAUGGAACUUCCUUUGUGUAACACAUAAAAGGGUCCCCAUGAUGUUUCCUGCGGUCACGAAUUAGCCCUUUGGUACCAACUCUCAGACCAUGAGGCUUUUCAGAAAUGUUCAAAAUAUUGCCAACUGUUCAAAUCACUGGAAGGUUGUUAGAGCAGAUCUCCCACUCAAAAUGCACAGAAACCAAAGCCUGGAAUGGUAAUAGAGCUAUUUCCUUUCCCUAUCUUAAUUAUGUCUUUCUAUGUUGUUCUGUUGUAUUCCUCUGUCAGCAACACUCCACAGCAGCUUCCACACGUUUCAUUGACCUCAUAGAAAUAUAACAUAUAGAUAGAACACAGUUUAUGAUUAUGUCCAAUCCAUUCUAUGGUUUCCUCCUGCAUAGCCUACAGUACAUGACCACAGGGCACUUCAGUCACCACAGACAGUACCUUAUAGGGUCACCACAGACAGAGUCAAUGGGUGCUGAAAUGAUCUGUGCCUUUUCAUUCCUCUCAUUGGAGCACUUUACUGUCAUCUGAUUGGUCAGUCCACACACACACACACUCUCUCCCUCUUCAACUGUCAGAUUAAAGUUGAAAAACAGCAUCCCACACACUAACACAGUCAGAUCACCUGUAGAGAGACUCAUGUGACCACAUCAAGAGGCUUUGCAAAUAGAGGGUUUUUGAAACGCUUGCUCUGCUCAGAUCUUCCCUCCUCUCCUAAGCCUUCAGAUACUGGAUGGUUUUCUGUGGCUCUGUGUUGCUCAGAGGUUGUACGUACACCCUUCAAAACCACACUUCAACCCUCAGAUCUCUGUGUGCUGGUUUCAGUGUUCUCAUCCGUUGCCAGAUGGUGAGAGUGUGUGUUGAGCUGUGUUCACUUAACCCAAUGUUGUUGAGAGUCUAGGCCGGCUACUCUGCUGUCAGAUGCCAUGUCAUCGGCCAGUGUGUGUGUCGGAGAGGUCACAAUGUGCUGUACCAACGAGUGUGUAUCUGAACUGUGUGUGUAUUGGAAAGGUCGCUCUGUACUGUACCUGCGCUGCCUUAGAGUAACUCGAGGAACUCUCUCAAACAGGCUACGUUGUAUUUAUUCAUUCAUUCACCAACGACUACCCAUAACAUGCCUCCUGGUGGUCUCCAUGGCAACACACCUGGACUUUUCUCACGGGACAGACUGUCGGUUCAUCAUCAAGGCCCUCUCACCAGAAACAUGAAUAAUUGAAUAUAUCGACUGCAGGUAGUGGGAGAGGAGUUGUGAUUCCCCAGCAGUGUUCCAUGGUUCAUUCUGUCUGAUGUUUUCACAAUAAAAUGCCUCAGAAACUCAAA